GAGAUAUAUCUUUGUCCUCAAAUUGAGAUAUGCCACUGUUGCCCUCCCUGAGAAAAACAAGAUGGCAAAUAAGUUCCCUUCCUCAGAUACUGGUGGGGUGAAGGCUUUCCCCAUCCAGGGGCCCUGGAAGGAUGAGCGGAUGCGCCUUGCUGGUAUGACAGACGCUGACCGUGCGUUCCGUAGACAGUGGCUCAAGGAUCAGAUCUUGGCCGAGAGUGAACCAGCAGUGGUCCCUGGGUACUAUGAGGCACGCUACAACCCCAUUCGCCGGUUCUACCGCUGGCCCCUUGACACUCUAUUCAAGCCACUGGUGCCCAUGCUGGGUUAUGAGAAAGCAGCUAAAUAUCGCUGGUAUACUGGCAAGAUCGGCCUGGUUCUUGGUGGAGUUCUCCUGACUUACUACUACUUUAAGUAUAAUACAAAUGAUUGGACGAGGAAGGGCGGCUGGCGUGUGUUGCACUCCAUUGAGAACGUGGUCCCCGGUGACUCCCGCUACCCCAUGGUAUCCGAAAGGAAGGUGGGAGCAGAUUAUGCAUCCGGGAAUUUCAAAAGCAGUCCAAUUUAACUCGUCUCCAUAUUUUUUGUUAGCAUAGUGUUUUCUUUCACCAUCCUUCCAAUUUCAGUUGACAUCGCCAGUUUGAUGUGGUAUUGUACAUAGUAGGUGCUGUACUAAGAAUAAAUAUUUAAUCGUU